AUGGUGUAUCAAUUCAUUCUUCCUUCUGUAGCUUUAUGUAGCUUUUUUUUAAGACAUAUGCCUUUGCAGGGUGGACGCUUGAAGGCUGUUAUAGGUGCAGCUGGAGGAUCAAGUAUACCUGCAGCUAUAAUACAAGUAUUCCAAAAUCAUUUUGUCAAGGGAAAGGAUCCACUUUUCUCUGUCAUGGCUCCAAGAUAUUAUCACCUGCUAUAUCCCAAUGUGCUGUACUAUGAGAGUUAUAAGUCUGUAAUUGGUGACCAGUAUGAAGCUCCUGCGCAGACAAGGGCAGUCCUAAAAAAGAAGGGCCAUAAAUUACGAGCUGCUACUGGUUGGGCUAUUUGCACAUUUGUAGUUCUGGAGUCGGAGAAUUCAAACUCUAGUAGGCUCGUGGCAGUGAGUGACCCGAGAAAGGGUGGUUUUCCGGCUGGUUACUAAGUCACUGCACAUUAAUAGGGUAUGCAAGAAACUGAUUACCUCUCAACUGGAAAGACUUAUAAAGUUUGAUUUUUUGUUCUUGCAAUUUUCGUGAUAGAAAUGAAUGUGAAGGCCAAUUUCUGGCUAAAGCUUGUAUGCGAUUAAACCAAGGAAUGGUUCAUGUCGCAUCUAAUUUAUGUCAUGUUAAAAUUUGUACGAGUCCUACUUGAUCCAUUGAUAGUUGUUUUUAAUUGGGAUUGUGCAAUGUGAUAGACAAGUAGUAUGCAGUCGG